AUGAUGCAGGAGGGGGGGCACACCGUCACCUCCAACAGCUCCGUCAUCCACCGCUUGCCCGUGAGUGGAGGGGCCGCCAGCGGGGGGACGGUGGGAUGGGGGCCACCGAGUCCUGAGGGGGGCCCACCAGCGUGGGGACGUGGGGUGUGCUGUUACGUGUAUGUGUUUCCUAACUUGAGUGUAGUACAAGGUGCCAGCUCUUUCAUCUGUUCAAAAAGCCUGGCCCAGUCCCACCCCAUUGAGCAAGGUGAGCAGGGCAGCUCUGCUGAUAGCCAUGAGGUCCCACCAAGAGUCCGAUCAGUAGGCAAGUCCACGGUGAUGAGGCUGAUCCAAGGUCAAGCUGUAGAGACGGAUACGUGGGUCGGGGUCUGCAUCAGCGGGGUACAGGGCUGGGCCCAGGCUGGCUGCAGUGUAGCUCAGGUGAAGAUAUUUGCCCCCAAUAUUGAGCAAAGGGAUGUAGUCAAUCACCUAAAAGGAAGUCCAACAGAAGAGAAAAGAAAUGUAUUAGUUGAAAGUGCCAGAUUGGCAAGAGGAAACAUUCAGGAUUUGGCUGAACUGAAAGCUGGUGAAUUUGAUGCAGUCAUUUUCCCCGGUGGUUUUGGUGUAGCAAAGAACCUGUGUUCCUGGGCUGUAGAUGGCAAGAACUGCACUGUCAAUGAGCAAGUGAGCUCCACACUCCAAGCUUUCCACAGUGCUAAAAAGCCCAUUGGUUUGUGCUGUAUAUCGCCAGUCCUGGCAGCUAAAGUCUUUCCAGGUUGUGAGGUCACGGUUGGCCAAGAUAAAGACGUAGAUGGAAGAUUUCCUGAUGCUGAAACAGCAUCUGCUAUAGCAGAGCUUGGAUGUAAGCACAUUUGCAAAAAUGUAAAUGAAUCCCAUGUGGAUAAAGCCAAUAAAAUAGUUACUACCUGUGCUUUCAUGUGCAAGGCUCCUCUGCAUGAAAUCUUUGAUGGAAUUGGAACAAUGGUACAAGAAGUCCUGAAACUUGCCUGACUGGAAGCAUACAGACUUCUGCAAGGAAAUCAGUUUAGCUAAGCAUAAGCAUUUAGCUUCCUUUGAUUGUAUUAAUAAAAUAAUGCAACUAUUAA